GUUUCACAAAGCUCACAGCAAGAACUCUAGGAAGUGAGGGCAGAAGACUUAAGUAUUUCAUCAGGACUUGACAACGUUUUGCACAGCUACCCUUUUUUGCAGUUAUUUUGGUACCCGCGGAAAUGCAGUUGAAAUGGCACUAGGAAAUCCCUCUCUUAAGGGCGAGCACUUUUGGCCAGACUGAUUCCUGCCUGUGGGCGGCAACAUUACUGGGACCCACCUCCCCGGGGCUGGCCCGGCAUCUUUGCCCAUUUUAUCUACCUUACUUGGGGGAAGAAAGCCUCAUUUUCCCCAACCGUGCGAAGGAAAGUAAGACUUUAAGAAACAGUAUACAACCCACAUACGGAAAAGUACACUGAUCCCGAGUGCCACCAAACCACUUUCACGGGCUUUCUUGUGUAAUCUGUAUCCAAAACAGUGGAGACACCAAGACCUAGGAAGACUGUUGAAGGCCCUGGUCAGCAGGAGGUGCAAAUCCAUACCAUCUACCUGCAGUCUUCACUGUUUUAUGACAUGGUUUGCCUAGCUGACGGAUCCCAAAUGCCCUCCUGGCCAGGUGAAGCGGAGAACAAUCACUCUACCAAGUUCAUACCUUGAUGCCUGUUCCAUGAAGUUAAGCCCGGAUCUCUUCUCUCCCGCCGUCCCCCCAAUGCCUGCUCUUCUGUGGUUAGUUUGCAGGCCUGCGCUAUGGCCUCCUCCUCCUUCCCAGCCUCCUCCACUCAGCCCAAGAAACCCAGAGACAAGAUAGCUGACUGGUUCAGGCAGGCUCUGUUGAAGAAGCCCAAGAAGAUGCCAGUCUCCCGGGAAAGCCCCCUCAGUGAUGGUUCACAGACAGCCACACAGGAUAUGCUCUCACCCGAGCGCCAUAGCUCACCUCCGAGUCACAAUUCACCCCAGAGCCUCAGCUCACCCCCGAGCUGCAGUUCAGGAAUGUCACCUACCUCGCCACCAACACACGUGGGCAGCAGCAGCAGCAGCGGCCGCUGGAGCAAAGACUAUGAUGUCUGUGUGUGCCACAGUGAGGAGGACUUAGAAGCGGCCCAGGAGCUGGUGUCCUACUUGGAGGGUAGCAAGGCCAGUCUACGCUGCUUCCUGCAGCUUCGGGAUGCAGCCCCAGGUGGCGCCAUCGUUUCGGAGCUCUGCCAGGCGCUGAGUAGUAGCCACUGCCGCGUGCUGCUCAUUACCCCGGGCUUCCUUCGGGACCCCUGGUGCAAGUACCAGAUGCUGCAGGCCCUGACGGAGGCCCCGGGGAAGGAGGGCUGCACCAUUCCCCUGCUCUCCGGCCUGACCAGAGCCGCCUAUCCGCCAGAACUCCGGUUCAUGUACUACGUGGAUGGCAGAGGCCAGGACGGUGGCUUUUACCAAGUCAAGGAGGCUGUUAUACACUAUCUGGAGACACUAAGCUGACACUUAAGCUUUCGUGUGAAAAGCUGGAGAUAGCUCACGGCAGUCGAUAGUCCAGAAUAUAUGGCAGGAGGCACCGGGAGCCAGAGCCGGCCGCACCCUGGUCAUGAGACAGGAUCAGACUGCCACCAGCAUCCGUUACUCCGGGCUCCACAAGACAGCCAGGCAGAAGAUGGGAACCACCCCCACGAGGUGACCAGGAAGAAGAUGGGGACUCCCCAAGAAGGGUAGGAGGGUACCAGGGACUCCCCCAGGAAGAAAACAAGGAAGUCAGAAAUUUGAGUUGUCGAGAGACUGUGCUAUCAGGAAGGUCAGCAGUGUCUCAUCUGCUGCUUAACUGGAUAGGAAGCUGACACAGGGCUGUCUUCUUCCCCUGCCAUCAGGCAUGGGGGUUGGGGGGAGAACAGGUACCACUCCCCAAGAGGGAUGAACCUGACUGAUGAGCCAAAAGUUGCCCAGGGAAGCUGGGAAGAGGUGGCAACUAUGCAGCCCGUCACACACACUACCGAAACUCCUUCCCAGAGAUGCCAACUCACGUCACAAAGCUGGAUUUCAUCCUCAUACUGAAUUUCAACUAUUGAAAAAAAUGCCAUUAAAAAUGCAACCCAAGGGGCUGGAGAGGCAGUGGUUCAGUGCUCAAGAAUUCUUGUUGCUUUUUCGGAGGACCCAGGUUCAAUUCCCAGGAUCUACAUGGUGACUCAGAACCUUAUCUAUAACUCUACUUCCAGGGGAUCUGAUACCCUCUCUGACCAGAACGUCCUUGGGCACCAGGUACGCACAUAUAGAUGCAGGCAAAGCAAUCAUACACGUACAUUUUUUUGUUUGUUUUGGUUUUUCAAGACAGGGUUUCUCUGUGAAGCCCUGGCUGUCCUGGAACUCCCUCUGUAGAUCAGGCUGACCUCGAACUCAGAAAUUUGCCUGCCUCUGCCUCCCAAGUACUGGGAUUAAAGUCAUGUGCCACCACUGCCCGGUGCAUAAAUCUUUUUUAAAAAUUAGAAAUGCAAACCUAGGACUCUAGAUGGAGUCCAUGGUAGAAUGCUUGCUUAGCAUGUCUGAGGGCUUGGAUUCUACCUCCCACACCACCAAAGCAAAGAAGAAAACGCAAACCUGGAAACCACUCUGAAUACAUGAACAGGUAGGAAGAAGGAAAGCCAGGGUAUGGCGCUCGGCUCCUUCACCUGGAUCAAAACCAACAGAUCAUGUGACACAUGGGGCCUCCUCAGACGUCUGUGAGAGCCCACGCUUCAGGGCACAUGGCUUUGUGUUGAACUGAGAGGAACCGGUUCUCAAUCUAGCACCAGAGAUAUCCCCAGGGAGAGGCAAGGGGUCACCUAUGUUCUCAAUAAAAACAGAAUCAUGGUCAGCUGAA